AACCCAGGCAGUGCUGAGCGGAGCUGAGAGCUACGGGGUUCGGAGCGGAGAGGAGGCGGCGGCAGCAGCGGCGAGAAAGAGGGGAGGAGGCAGGCGGGCGCAUGGGGCGCCCGGGCCCCUCCAGCAGCGCGCCCCCUCCGGCCCGGCCGCGCUGAAAGCUCACCGGCGCCGUGCCUCGAACCCGCGCCCCGGGGCCAUGCCGGUCAUGAAGGGGUUGCUGGCCCCGCAAAACACCUUCCUGGACACCAUCGCCACCCGCUUUGACGGCACGCACAGCAACUUCCUGCUGGCCAACGCACAGGGCCCACGGGGCUUUCCCAUUGUGUACUGCUCCGACGGCUUCUGCGAGCUCACAGGCUACGGUCGCACUGAGGUCAUGCAGAAAACCUGCAGCUGCCGUUUCCUUUAUGGUCCAGAGACCAGUGAGCCAGCCCUGCAGCGACUACACAAAGCCCUGGAGGGCCACCAAGAGCACCGGGCUGAAAUCUGCUUCUACCGCAAGGAUGGUUCGGCCUUUUGGUGCCUCCUGGACAUGCUGCCCAUCAAGAAUGAGAUGGGGGAGGUUGUGCUGUUCCUAUUUUCCUUCAAGGACAUCACUCAGAGUGGAAGCCCAGGACUUGGCCCCCAAGGAGGCCAUGGGGACAGUAAUCAUGAAAACUCCCUCGGCAGGAGAGGAGCCAGGUCAAAACUUCAGUCUGCCAGAAGGCAGAGCCGUACUGUCCUACACCGACUGACCGGCCACUUUGGCCGCCGGGGCCAGGGAGGCAUGAAGACCAAUAAUAAUGUGUUUGAGCCAAAGCCAUCAGUGCCCGAGUACAAGGUGGCCUCCGUUGGGGGGGCCCGCUGCCUCCUCCUGCACUACAGCGUCCCCAAGGCCAUCUGGGAUGGCCUCAUCCUCCUCGCCACCUUCUACGUUGCGGUCACCGUCCCCUACAAUGUCUGCUUCUCUGGCGAUGACGACUCUCCCAUCACUUCCCGAAACACCCUUGUCAGCGACAUCGCAGUGGAGAUGCUCUUCAUCCUGGAUAUCAUCCUGAACUUCCGCACCACCUAUGUGUCCCAGUCCGGCCAGGUGAUCUCUGCUCCUCGUUCCAUUGGCCUCCACUACCUGGCCACCUGGUUCUUCGUCGACCUUAUUGCUGCUCUGCCCUUUGACCUGCUUUAUGUCUUCAACAUCACCGUGACCUCGCUGGUGCACCUGCUGAAGACGGUGCGGCUGCUGCGGCUGCUGCGGCUGCUGCAGAAGCUGGAGCGGUACUCGCAGUGCAGUGCCGUGGUGCUCACGCUGCUCAUGUCCGUCUUUGCGCUCCUUGCCCACUGGAUGGCCUGCAUCUGGUAUGUCAUCGGGCGCCGGGAGAUGGAGGCCAAUGACCCGCUGCUCUGGGACAUUGGCUGGCUGCACGAGCUGGGCAAGCGGCUGGAGGUGCCCUACGUCAACGGCUCUGCAGGUGGCCCAUCGAGGCGCAGCGCCUACAUCGCUGCGCUCUACUUCACACUGAGCAGCCUCACCAGCGUGGGCUUCGGCAACGUGUGCGCCAACACCGACGCCGAGAAGAUCUUCUCCAUCUGCACUAUGCUCAUAGGAGCGCUGAUGCACGCCGUGGUGUUCGGGAACGUGACGGCCAUCAUCCAGCGCAUGUACUCGCGCCGCUCGCUCUACCACAGCCGCAUGAAGGACCUCAAGGACUUCAUCCGUGUGCACCGCCUGCCACGACCGCUCAAGCAGCGCAUGCUGGAGUACUUCCAGACCACAUGGGCUGUCAACAGCGGCAUCGAUGCCAAUGAGUUACUGCGUGACUUCCCAGACGAGCUGAGAGCUGACAUUGCUAUGCACCUGAAUCGGGAGAUCCUGCAGCUGCCGCUGUUCGGAGCAGCAAGCAGGGGCUGCCUGCGGGCCCUCUCGCUGCACAUCAAGACCUCGUUUUGCGCUCCGGGCGAGUACCUGCUGCGCCGUGGGGACGCCCUCCAGGCGCACUACUACGUCUGCUCCGGCUCACUUGAGGUGCUCCGAGACAACAUGGUGCUGGCCAUCCUGGGGAAAGGGGACCUGAUUGGGGCCGACAUCCCUGAGCCAGGGCAGGAGCCUGGGUCAGGGACAGGCCCAAGCUGCGUGCUGAAGACCAGCGCUGACGUGAAAGCAUUGACCUACUGUGGCCUGCAGCAGCUGAGCAGCCAAGGGCUGGCUGAGGUCCUGAGGCUCUAUCCUGAGUACGGGGCUGCCUUCCGGGCCAGCCUGCCCCGGGACCUCACCUUCAACCUGCGCCAGGGCUCGGACACCAGUGGCCUUGGCCGCUUUUCCCGAUCCCCUCUCCUCUCCCAGCCCCGCUCAGAAAGCCUUGGCUCCUCCUCAGACAAGACGCUGCCAUCCAUCACAGAGGCCGAGGGUGGCACGGAGCCUGGGGGUGGUCCCAGGCCCCGCCGGCCCCUCCUGCUGCCCAACCUCAGCCCGGCACGGCCUCGGGGUUCCCUGGUCAGCCUUUUGGGCGAGGAGCUGCCCCCAUUCUCAGCCCUGGUCUCCUCUCCUUCCUUAUCCCCGUCCCCUUCCCCUGCCCUGGCUGGCCAGGGCCACAGCCCCUCCCCUCACGGCCCCCCCAGGUGUUCUGCUGUCUGGAAGCCCCCCCAGCUUCUCAUUCCCCCACUGGGAACCUUUGGACCUCCGGACCUCAGUCCCCGGAUAGUGGACGGCAUUGAGGAUUCUGGCAGCACAGCGGAGGCCUCUACAUUCCGCUUCAGCAGGAGGCCUGAGCACCCAAGGCCCCGCUCACAGGCGCCCCCUACAGGGACCAGGCCCAGCUGGGAAACUGCCACUGAGGCUGAGGAGGUGAAGGAGAAGGUCUGCAAGCUGAACCAGGAGGCUGUCACUCACGGUGGUCUCUUCUGCUGCCAACAACUGAAAACAGUCCCAGCAGCACUCCCUAUCCUUCCUCCACCCCCAGACUUCAACCAAGCCUGUUCUUCCUGUUUCCAACAUGGUCUCACUCAGGGCCUGGACUUCUCCAAAACUUGCCCUGGUAUCCAGCUCUCCUUUAACCACCCAAGACCCUGGGCUCACUUUUGGAUAGGAAAUAAAUUCUUUAUUUUUGUAGUUGUUGGCUCUGGCCGUUUCUGGGGGUUGGUCUGAGAGCUCCUGGGCUUUGGAGGAGCCAACACAGCAGUCACUCCCCCACCAUACCCCAGGGCCCUGUUGCUGUCUCUAGGAAGGGCAAAGGCACCAGACAAUCCACUUGGCACCACAUUCACGCCACCAUGGGCCCCAGGGAUGAGGGAGAAACCUUAAUGAGUCACUGUGGACCUGUUAUACCCCCUUCUCCCUGCCAUCCUCGUCAUGGCCAGAUAUAUACACACACAGUCCUGGCUCAGGCCCACCCCCUUGGAAAGGUGAGCCCAGGGGACUCCCCACCCCUCCCGUAUAAGGAAUUGUUGCAGGGCUAUGUAGGGCACAGGCUGGGGAGGAGCUUGUCCUAGCCAAGAACCUCCUAGGAAUGCCACUGUGCCCCAUCCCCUCUGCCCUCCCAGACCCUCUCUUCCCUCUUGCCUUUCAGUUCUCUGAGGAUCACUGCAGGGGGAGGGGAGGUUAUGGAUAUUGUAGAAAUAAGCACCCUCGUGACCCAAUGGAAUCAGAUGUGAGCAUUUUUGUGGCAGGUUGUCCCAGAUAGGUCAUUUCUCUAGUUCAGGCUCCAAGGCUUAACUGAUGUUGGCCAGAGUCAUAGGCACAAUAGCCACAGCUGUCUGUCCGGUGAUCUUUGAUUCUGUAAAGGUUCUAAGUAGUUUCCUUGUGUGGGGGGGUGAAAUGCAAAAGAGAGGAGGUACUGGCCUGUGUUGGGAGAUAGGGGUGGGCAGAAGUGGCUCUGAUCCAUAUCGAGGGGAGCAGAAGAAACACAAAUAGUCCUGAUCCGUAUAGGGUGGGGGUGGGGGUUUAGUUUACAUUUACGAAGGAGGAGGGCCGAAGCAUAGGUUGUCCAGCUCUGUAUUUGGCGCCUGAGGAAGAGCUGACUCUGGAUGGGAGGAGGGGAGACAGAGACAGAGGUGGUCCUGGUGUGUUUAGGGGCCCAGGCAAAGUAGGAGGCGGUGGCAGAAGCUCUCCUUUUGAUCUCACCCAGUAUUCUCCAGAGAACCCUUCCUACAGCGCUUUCAUCGCCUUCCCAUCACAAAUGCCUCCAGCAUUCCGGCUCCUAGAGCUGACUUGACCGGCAAGUGCGGACAGGGGCUUCUCCUGCUAGCGCUAGCGAGUACACAGGGCUAGUCCACGCGGCCUCCUGUGCAUAUUCAUUCACACCAUGUUUUUCCUUUCCUAAUUCUGCGCACAGAGUUCUCUGCCUUCUUCUGACGCUCCGCUACCCGCCUUCCCUCGGGGCACCUGGAACCCGCGGCAACGCGGUUGGCGCCGUAGGCUCGGUUGGCCUUAAAAAGUUCCUGGCGCAGCUCCGCCUCGCCGGCAGCCGGCUCCACCCUAAGCCUGAGUCCCAGGCAGCUGGCGGCUCCUCCCAGCGCUGUGAACUACAAGUCCCGCCGUGCCUCGCGCGCGCCUUCCCUCCUCUCUCGCGCCCCACUGGCGUCACUUGCAGAGUUGGCCUCCCAUUGGUCUCU